UAUAUCUUGAUAAGAUUUGGUAAAAAUACAAAUGACACUUUUAUAUUAAAAAAAAAAAAAACCAUCUCUGAGGAAACCGAGACUAUAAAAAAGGAACCGGUUGUACUUUGUAAACUUAUUGGAUAUCAGACUUUGAAAAAGAUAAAAUUCAACUUCUUUUUUGGUCCUAAAAGGAAAAAAACAAAAAACAAAAAAAGAAAAGGAAAAAACAAAAAGACUUUAAAAAAGAUAUAUGAAAGUUCUCUAGUACAAUGUUAAUUUAUCGAAUGAUAUUAAAAGAAUUUGUCCCAGAAAAAGAAAUAAUAGUAAUAAAAGAAAGUUGUUCUUUCUAUUCCAUGUAUUAUACUCUUAUCUUCAACCUCAAGACAAAUAAAUUAAUACUACACAGUGAGUAAUAAAUUGGAUUAGACGUGAAUCAUGUGCUUGGCUGGGCUGGGCCAAGAAAAACCUCACCUGUUAAUAUGAUGAAUGUGAUGCUUAAAAAUGGUGAUAGAUGGAAUUUCAUUACCCCCAAAAAAAAAAAAAAUUUAUUUGUCUAAUUUAUUGUGAUCGCCAUGGAUUGGAGCAUAGUAAACAGCUGGAGGAGCAACCAUGGAAGUUUGAGAACAUUGUACGUGCUGUUCUUGGGUCAGCUCGUGUCCUUUUCUCUUGCACUCUGCAGCUUCUUUUCGUCUCUCAUUGCCAAACUUGGUGUGGAUGCGCCUCUUUCUCAGAGCCUUUUCGUUUUCAUAACUCUGGCUUUGGUUUAUGGGAGCAUCUUGCUGUCUAGGCGUCAGCAACUACAGGUUUCUUGGUAUUGGUAUCUCCUCUUGGCGUUUGUUGAGGUUCAAGGGAGUUAUCUUUUUAACAAAUCUUUGCAGUAUUCGUCAAUAACUAAUGUAACAUUAUUGGAACGUUGGACAAUCGCGUGGGCGAUAAUUUUAACAUGGAUCUUCUUGGGCACUCGAUAUUCCCUAUGGCAAAUAUUUGGGGCAGCCGUAAGUGUACUGGGUCUUGGUUUGGUGCUCCUUUCUGAUGCAGGGGUGGGCGGUGGAGGGAGUUCAAGACCUCUUCUUGGUGACAUCCUUGUCAUUGCUGCAACACUUUGCUAUGCAAUAAGUAAUGUUGGUGAGGAGUUUUGUGUUAAGAGAAAAGAUCAGAUUGAAGUAGUUUCAAUGAUUGGUGUUUAUGGAACUUUAGUGAGUUUGUUUGAGAUAUCUAUAGUAGAGCUAAAAAAACUGGAGUCUGUUAAGUGGUCUGCAGAAAUUAUAUUGGCAUUUGCUGGCUAUGCUCUCUCAAGCUUUUUAUUCCGUGCACUUACUCCAUUUGUUCUCAAGCUAAGUGGAUCUACAAUGUUCAACCUCUCUCUUCUCACAUCUGAUAUGUGGGCAGUUGUAUUUCGUAUCUUUUUCUAUCACCAACAGGUUGACUGGUUAUACUACAUUGCUUUUGUAGUUGUAGUUAUUGGGCUUAUCAUAUAUUCUACAUCUGGAAAAGAUCCUAUUCCUGCAUCAGCAAUAGAGGAUGGAAUCCCCAACAUUCAGUAUAAACUGCUUAACAAAAAUGCUGCAUCGAUAAACGAGUCUUUGACUUGAUGAGCGGCAGAGAAAUUAGAAGUUAUAUAUAAAUUAUAAGUUCUACAUUCAGAUAAAAGUGAAGCAAAUUUCAGUUGGCAGUGGUGGCGCUCCUUAUUUAUCCUGCAAUUUGUAAUCUAAUAUCUAGUUCUAUGAACCCCAAAGUUACAAUGUAAUUUUUUACAAUAUUUGUGAAUCCAGAAUAUGGAUUUGUUCCGAUUUAAGUUCUAUUUUCUUUGGUUGUUCCAUAAACCAGAACAGAAAGUAUCAAACUAUGCACUCCUUGAGUACCUCGUCUUUGUCUGAAGGGGGAUAUACAGCUUUAUCUUUAUGAAAUGGGCUAAGAUUUUUAAAUGUACAUGUUGCUUUAUUAUCAAAUGUUUAGAUACUCUAAAAGAAGACUUGCUUUUGCUAGCAAAUGGGGUUGUAGAUUGGAUUGCUAGCAUUGAGGAUCUUAUGGAUUUUUGUAUAAAUCCCAAAUAGGAAGCCUGUUUUCAAAACAUGGAGAGCAAAGAAAUAUCUAUUUUCAUGUCAUCUUUACUGUAUUUUGCGUGGAGUUGUCGAAAUAGGAAACUUUUUUCAGGACCAGUUUGUUUCACUGAGAAAGUGGUACGUUUUAAUUGCAUGGUUGAGGAGCUUCUAAUGGCCUCCAUUGAUUCAAAGGCGGCCCCCAAAGAGAUUUGAUUGCCUGGCAUCCUCCCCCUGAAGGAUGGUGGAAAAUCAAUACAGACGCUGCCUUCUGUAAUAAUGAAGCUGGGCUGGUUUUUGUGGUGAGAGAUUGGAAAGGAAAUCUACUAUUUCUUGCUUCUAGCCGUUCGAGCUGUAGUUCCCCCCUUGAAGCUGAGCUGAAAGCUGUGAGCUGGGCUGCUGCUUCUGAAGCCUAUAAUCAUGGGUGGGAGAGGGGGAAUUUGGCCCAAUACCCCCAUAGGACCGAGCUUCAUGAAUUUUGCCCCCUCAAUUCAUUUCUUUUUUGAUCUACCCCUCCAAUCUUUUAAAAUUCCAAAAUACCCUUAUGUUUUUUUUUUAUAUGUUUUUUUCUUUCCUUUCUAUGACUUUUCCCCUCCAUCUCUUUAUCCAUAACCAGACCUUAGGAGCCCUCUGUUUCCUUUCAUGAAUCGGCCGGAUUGUAAGCGUGGUGACUGCACGUUUUGAAGGAGAUGGUGAAGAGGCGACUCAGAGAGAAAACUGCAGGAUUUUAGAGAGCCCUAGAAGCAGAAGCAACAGGUAGGCAACAGCGAAGUAGGAAAGCAUGAGGCUCAUUCGAUCAAUCACUGGCAUUUCUUGCUGAGAGAUAUGUAUGAUGAUAUGAUGCUGGAUGGAGUACAGCCAACUAGGGAUACAUUCCAUUCUGUCAUCAGUUAGUGGAAAGGUGGAUAAGCAAAAUGCUCAUUUCUUUGGUGUUACAAUCAAUGAGCAACAAGCCGAGUGUGGUAUUGUAGUAAGAGUUACUUCAAAUGCACAAAGCAAAUUUAAGUUACUUUAUUUCGAGCAAGAUGUGAAUGGCGGUUAUGGUUUGGCCCUACAGAAUGUAUGCAGAAGAAAGAAGUUACUACUUUUUCUCUAGGUGAUUGAUGAAAUAGAUGGAGCUCUUGGUGAUGGCAAAGGUGCUGUGGAGGUUAUUCUAAAGAUGAUAAGAAGGCUCUCUAAAACCCUGCAGUUUUCUAUCUGAGUCGCCUCUUCACCAUCUCCUUCAAAACGCGCAGUCUCCACGCUUACAAUCCGGCCGAUGCGAAAGGAAACAGAGGGCUCCUAAGGUCUGGUUAUGGAUAAAGAGAUGACGGGGAAACGUCGAAGAAAGGAAAGAAAAAAACAUAUAAAAAAAAAACAUAAGGGUAUUUCGUUUCGUUUUCAUGAUUCCCUGGAAAAUGGGUUCAUAUAUUUGUUCAACCAACAGUUAAUCGUGUUGUCAGCAGGUGAUCCUUUACUACCAUGGCUGAUGUUUAAUUGCUGUAACAAUUUCAAGCCUUUCCAUUUCUGAUGGGGAACAUUGGGUCAAGUCGAGAUUGAUACCAACAGAGGCUUUUGUAGGAGCUGUAAUAUUAUCUAGGAGCUGUAAUAUUCUCUAGGAGGUGUAAUAUUCUCUUGUUUUUAUUCAUAAAACACUUGUACAAUUUCCUCUUGCUAAUUCAGAUUUUGUUUUUAGUUUU